AUGUUAACUCUCUGGCGUGGGUUCCAAGUAAUCGAUUACAUCGGUCAACAAAAACACGUGGAACAAACGUUCUACGUCGAUGAGUUUAACUUUAACAUGCAUAUAAUGAACCUUCGUUACCAUGAUGAUGUGCAAGAUACAAACAUACCUGUCGAAGUAUGGACUUACUACUUGCUCGCGAACAGGCCUGAAACGUCUGACACAACGUUUUCAUGGGAUGAUUUGCAAGCGAAACUGAAUGGAGAGUUGGUGAACAAUUUAGGAAACUUUGUAUAUCGAGUUUUGAGUUUCAUAGCAAAGCCUGAGAAUACAGGUUAUGGUUGUGUUGUCCCUGAUGCUCAUGGUGCUGAGUCUCAUCUUCCAACGGUGUCACUGAGUGUAAAGAUUGGAGAGUUGGUGGAAGAGUAUGUUGAAGCUAUGGAAAAGGGAAACAGAUUUUGGAGACUUGACAAGGAAGAUAAACCUUGUUGUGAUAACUGUUAUAAGAACAGCUGCUGGUUUAGUACACCUUGUUGCACAAUUGUUGGAGCCUUUCAUGCCAUCUUUUUUCUCGUGAGAAAGAUGAAGAAAGGCAACAGUACAAAGAAAAGUUCUCUUGAAGUCAAGGCUAUGGAUGUAGAAGCAGCUAAAUCUCGUGGAGCAAAAACUUGA